AGGCAUAACAGUUGGUUUUCUGAUAAUGGGCGGUAUUCCGGAAUUUUCGAAAAAAAGCGGUUUUGGUGGGUUUAUAUUGGGAAGCUCCUUGGGAUGUAGUUAUUGUAUUGUUGGGAAGCUUCGGUGAAACAGGAAGGAGGAAGGAGGAAAGAAAGGAUUUCUUUCUUUCUUGUCUGUUGACGUGAUUUUCUAACAGGCAUGGCGUCCUCCACGGCGUUUACCAAGGUCUUGGUUCUGUUUGCUUUGGUGCUUAUUGUUCUUGUACCUUUGGCUAGCGCUGUGGCUCCUGCUCCUGCUCCUGAGAGUGAUGGGACUGCUAUUGAUCAGGGCAUAGCUUAUGUGUUGAUGUUUGUAGCGUUGCUAUUGACAUAUCUGAUUCAUCCGAUGGAUGCAUUUCCGUUUUCUCUGUUCUGAAGCGGAAUGGACAUUAUCAUUUGUAUUAUAUAGAACCUGCAGCAUUUAUUUUUUCAUUGGGCAGAGGGCUUGUGUUCUUUUUGAUUUGUGGGGGCUGUGAUUCAUACAUUCACCAUUGAUGUAGAUUGAUUUACAUCACUUUGCGUAUGUAGAUGUAGAUGCUUCUGAUUUAAGAGGUUCUCCGUUUUUGUAAUAUUCUUUGUGGCAAAUAUUGAGUGAUCCACGCACCAUGUUCUUCC